AUGGAUGCCCUAGCAAAAAUAGCAGCAACAGGAGAGAGAGCCAUUUCUGAACUUAAUAAACAUACAUUAACACAAUGGAAUGGGACUACAACUACAACAAUGAAAUAUAUAAUAGAACGGUUGAAUCUGUGCUUUGAUGAGAUAAAUUUCCAUUUAUAAACGAAAGGGUUGAAUGAUGAAUCCAAUGUAAUCUCAAAGUUAUGCAAUCAUUACAAUCUGAUAUUCCAAAAGGUGGAAGAGAUUAAUCAACGAAAACAUUAGAACCCCCCAGAACUCCCCUUAGAGUAUUGUCAAAGAUCAUUCUCGACUAAUGCAACUUCAAAAACCAUCUUUGGGGGAGCAGAAAUCCAAAGUUUCAGUAUACUUUCCUCUCAGAAGUCUAAAUUCAUAUCUGCAGAAUAAGAAUUCAGAAGUAACAAGCCCAAGUUUAAGAAGAAUGUUUAAUCAAAGGGAACAGAUACUGGUGAAGAUGCCAUGCGAUAUUUAAAUGUGGAAUAUUUAGGUGAAAAAGAGAGGGAAUUAUAAAGAGUGAAAGAGGAGAAUGAGAUGAAUCUUAGAGAAAUAGAGAAGUUUCUUAAGUUUAAAGGGUUGUGGAGUGAAAUACAUGCUAGCAAUGCUCCGUUUAAAUUAUAAGAUCUUGGUAAGACUUUGGAAAGAGAACUCUAGCGAAAUGAAAUAUAUAUUAAUGAGCAAAUUCGAAUUGCUAAUUAGGAGCCAGAAUUCCCACCCAGAGAUAUGAAAUAGGAAAUAAAGGAUAGGGUUGUUGUUGGGGUUCAAAAAUCAACUGCAGAUAGGAUAUUAAAAUAUGCUGAGAGAAAAAUGAAGGAAGAAUUGGAGAAAUUUUAAUUGAAGAAGAAUUCUGGAUUGUAGAUGCACAAGAGGAAAUCACAGAACAUGUAAAGAAUAGAUGAAUUGGAACAUCUAAUUAAUACUAAGAACGAAGAAAUCUUGGAAAAAGAAUCAAAGAUGUCAGCUCUGUUUUCUAAAUUCGAAGAUCAAGAGAAGAAAUUAGUAAAUUUAAUGAUUUAGAUGGAAUAAAUAAAAGCUAAUGAAAAACACAAUAAUACUUUUACUAGUAGUAAAGUAAAUGACAAAUAGAGUCAUGUUGAAAUCUAAGUAAGUAUGAGUGAUCCUAAGAUCUUUAAAUUGGAAUUGCAAUUAAAAGAGAUUGUUGAAGAGAAUUAGAAUAUGAAAGGAGAACUAUAGACUAUUUAUGAAUAGGCAAAAAAUGAUAAAUAAAAGGUUCUGUUACAACCUUAAUUAAUUGAAGAAGUUCUGAUGAUGAUCAUUUAGAGUGAGUUGUAGGCUGAAGGCAAAAUAGAGUUAUUACAAACAUUUUUAUAGUAUCUGAUAGAGAAUUCAGAGAAUGACAUUGCACGAAUGCCACCAAAUGAGUUAUAUAGAACGGUGAGACAAAAAUUGCAAAAUAAUAAUAAUUCAAAUAGAAAUUUGGAAGAAGUCUUAGAGAAGUUUGAAGAGAUGUAAAGUGAUGAUGAAGAUUAUUCACCCAGUUCUAUUAAGAAAACUAAAAAAGUUAAAAAUAAGUAAUAGAAAUCCAAAAAAAUAAUAUUAGAAAGAGCUGAUUCUUAAUUUGAAUAAUCAAUAUCCCCAGAAAAAUCAGAGAAAGUUAUAGGAAUUAGGAAAACAAAAAAUAAAUUUGAAGAUUAAUCAAAUGAAAAUUCAGAAUCUUAAAUUGUAAUAAAUAAUAAUACUAUUAAUGAUAAUAACAAUUCUAUUAGUGCAUUCAAGAAAAAGACUCUAAAUAAAAUUAAUGAAGAAAAUAGCAUUAUAUAAAAAAACUCACCAAGAAAAUAAGAGAUCAUUAGUCCGCCUUCAGGUAAUAGAAAUACUACAAAUAACACAUCUUCUGUUAAACAAAACUAAUCUGAUACCAAGAUUAAUAAAAUCAUUACUAAUUAAACUUCUACUCAAAAUUAAACCUAAUAAUAGUAAUAGUAAACAAUUCAAUAAUAACCAUAAAAUCCCUAAUAAUAGCCUAAAGAAUCAAGUAGAUUUAAAACAGAACAACAAAAAUAAUUAUCAUCCAGUAGACAAUAAGCAAAUAAAAGCAGAGGAUAAAUAGAGUAAAGUAAUCAAAAACCUGUAAUUUAAUCUCAUUCAACAACUUAAUUUACAAAUAAAUAAGUAAGACAAAUUAAGUAGAGACAUUCAAUCAAAGUAGAAUAUGGAGAAGUUGAUUAUGAUGAAAUUGAUGAGGAUGUAGCAAAUAGGGGAGUCCAAGUCAAUUUUGGUAAUCUAUACAUUAAGGCUUCGAUGAUAAACUAAUCAGAAGAUAACACUAAUAUGAUGGGUUCUUAGAUAGGAUUCCAAACUCCUUUGAUGCGAUAAAGUUAUCGAUCACAGGAAGAAAAAGUCACUGCAAAAUUUACUCAGACUGAUGACUUUUUUAUGUGGAAUUUAUUCUAAAAAAUGUAAGUUGAUCUUGGAUUAACAGAGGAUUAAAUAAAAAAGUUGGAAUAAAUAUUUUUGAAUGAAUAAUAAUUUAUACACUAUUAUGAAAAGACUCCCUCUUAAAGGUAAAAGUCAAGGGCAUCUACUAUUAUAGCUGAUUAAACAACCAAGGCCAAAUAAGAUAAAUUUAUUGAUAAUACAAUUAAUGAUAGCAAGAUGACCACCAUGAUAUAAUAGAAAAAUGAAACAACAGAUUCAGAAUAAUAAAAUAGAAGACCAACAAUAUCUAUAAUGAAAACCACUUAACCUCCAAAAGGAUUGGAAUCUCCCAUGAAUUUAGUUGGAAGAUAAAAGAGUCAGGUACUACUCUCAUAUACAAAUGAAAGCAGUCUCAUAUAACCUAAUUAAGGCAGAAGUAUUAGUCAAACUUCAGAUGUUCAUAUUGUGAAUUAUGGAAGUGUUAGUACAGAUACAAUUGCUAAAAAAUAGAAGUAAACAACAAGUCAAAAGAUUUUGGAAGAUAUGUUAAAGAAUAAGACUGGUCUGACAACUCAAUUUGAUGUUGAAACAAAAGAAUAAAAAGAGCAAAAAAUGUAUUUCCAUGUGUUUGGAGAUGAAAUGCAAACUGAUGCUGAUUUUGAGUUAGAAGCUGUAAGGGCCAAUUUAGGAAAACCAUUAGAAGUGAUACAAGAUCAUUUGAAGGAAGAUGCAAUGAAGAAAAUAUAUCAGUAAUUCGUAAAUCGACCAAAGAAUCCUUGGCAAGAUUAACUCUAUAUGAUAAUUUCUCAAUUUGCUAAUAAAUCUCCAUAAUCCAUUACUUACAUUGAUUUCAAAAAGUAUUAUGAAAAUUAUAUGAGGGUACAUAAGAGAUGUGGAGAUGGAUGUAUUCACAUACAAAGAUUUUUAGCCAGGAUUGGAUUUGGAAUAAACUCAAAGAGAAAAGCAUUGAAUAUGAGCAAAUAAAGUGUUUCUCCAUUUGAACUGCCAAAACUAAAAUGA